CUGUUUCAGUACCGCGUGUUUUGUUAAAUUCUUGUAUUAAAUUUUCAUAAAUAUGAGUGACGAUGAAGAGCAAUAUAAUCCCAGGGCUCACAAGAAACUGCUGCAGGCAAUUAGCAACCUUGGGAACGUGCAGCACAUUCGCAAAUCGACACGCGACGAGCGCCAGCCGCAACAGGAUGAAUUUCAGCUUGUGAAGAGAAACAACAACACGGAGCAUGCAUCCAAGGCAGUGGGCUUGAACGAUUUGGUGCAGAUAUUGCGUACCUCGAAACACAUUGAGACAGGGAAGCAGUUGAAAAAUGUACACAGUACCAAGAAGGUGUUGCAGAAGCCUCUGGAAAAACCAGCAGCCGAUCGCAUCAAGCGGAAAAUUGGCUAUGAAGGUGUCAAGAAGAAAUUGGGCCGCUGGGAUGCCGUUGUGGCCCAGCAGCGAUCCGCAGAAACUCAGAUAUUUCCUAUUCCAUCAGAAACGAUUCACAUCAAUACAGCGGCUCAUGUCAACAAACUGAACACGAGACUUAAAUCGGAUUUGGCCAAAGAGCUUCAGGCCAGCGAUAAAAAGUUGCGGGAGUUGCGUAAAGCUCAAAUCGGCGAUACCACGGAUGAGAAAGCCUUGGCCCAACAAGAACGAGAGCUGCUCCAAAAGAAAAUGACCCGCGAUGAGCUCUUCGCUCGACGCAGGGAGUUAGCUUAUCUAAGGAUGCGCGAGUCCCAAAAGUCGGCUAAGGCACGCAUGCAGAAUAAAAUCAAGUCCAAGAAAUAUCACAAGCUGCAGAAAAGGCAAAAGAUUUUGGAGCAAAUGAAGGAGUUUGAAGUGCUGCAAAAGACGAAUCCGGAAGCAGCGCUGGAGAAACUUAACGCGCUGGAAAAGAGUCGUGUGAUGGAACGAGCCAGUUUGCGGCACAAGAACACCGGCACAUGGGCCAAGAAUCUGCAGGUGCGCGCCAAGUACGACAAGGAUGUCCGCAAAGAUCUUGCGGAACAAUUGGCAGUCAGUCGACAAUUAACUGAAAAAAAAGUGGAUACUGAUAGUGAAGAUGACCACGCUGAAGAGAUGGAAACCAAUGAGCAAGAGGUUAACGAUCCAUUUAAUCCUUGGACCAAAGGCAAAGCAACAGCAAAAACCGAGGUUCCAGAUGACAGUAACGAUCCCAACUGGCGUAAGUAUUGGACUGAGCGUAAUUUAAAUGAAAAACACCUUGCCGAGCAUCGUGCCGAGCUGAAAGCUGCUGAGGAAGAGAACCUGCAAAAGGAAAAGAAACUCCCUAAAGUGCCUAAAAAGAACACACCUAAAAAGAAAAAAUCCGUUGCUACUGUGGAAAAUGGCUGGGUGGUGGAGGAAGUUGAAUCGUCCGCAAAAACUGAAACAAUUGAGGAUAUGUUCGAGCAGCAUGAGGAAAACUUACGCCAAAAGGUUAGUAAAAAGCUGGAAAAGCUGAAAAAACAAGUAGAGAAACUCAAACAGCCUAAAAUGAAAGCCAAGCCAUCAAAAAAGAAGCGAGAUGAAUUAAAAACACUUAAAGAUUUGACUUUUAAGAAGAAGAGUCAACGUGUGGAAAUUGAUGAGCCGCUCAACGCAGAAGAAGAGCAAAUAAAGCCGGUUUUAGAUGUUAACGAGUUAAAUAAUUCUGUUGAGAAGGCAAAGGAUGCAGAUCCAACAGCUGUAAGCACCAUUGAUCCGAACAAGGUGGCGACCAUAACAUGGAAACAAAGCAUGCGUUCUUCGGAUGCAAUGAACGAUGCUCUAGCGGAUGACGAUGAGGCAGACUAUGAUGAGACUGAUGCAGCCGCCGAGCGUCAGCUGACCAUUAGUCAGGCCUUUGAGGAUGAUGAUAUUAUAGCUGAUUUUAACAAGGAUAAGACGAAAGACUCUGAGGUAAAGAACUCAGAGCUGCAACUAGCUAUGCCCGGCUGGGGAUCCUGGGCGGGUGCUGGCAUAUCCCAGGAUGUUAUCAAAAGACGCAACAAGCGAUUGUUACUGAAGUUAUCGGCACCGGAAAAGCGACGAGACGACAACAAGGAUAAUCUUUACAUCAAUGAGACAACAAACAAACAGGCGCGUUCCCAUAUGGUCUCCACCAUACCGUUCCCCUUUAAAUCCCUGGCCGAUUAUGAGGCCAGUAUACGCGCACCAAUUGGACGUAAUUUUGUGCCGGAAACGGCAUUCCGCAUGAUGACACGUCCGGCGGUUAUCACACGCAAGGGUCAAGUUAUCGAGCCAAUGGCAGAGAGUGAGUUGGUGAAACCAGACCGCCGCCUGCGACAUGUCGUGGAUAGAAGAAUAGAUCGUUUACAAAAAAAGCAAAAAGCUAAAAUAAAAUAGAUUACAAUAAUCUGAAUGUGAAAUACUGUAAUAAAAUUUGAAUGAAGAAAUAUACAUCGGUUUCUUACCUUUAAAGAGUGCUAGUUGCAGAGGUGUAUAUUAAUUUGAAUACCUAUUUGUUAGGUAUAGAUAAUAAAUAUUUUAUAGAAUACUUACACGUUCUAUAUGCAAAAUUUAAAAUAUCCUUGCCAAAAAGGUUACAAAUAAAGAUAACAGCACUGUAAUUUA